UUAGGAGACUGCCGAAACCACUGCCAUAUCGCUACGACCAUUAAAUCUACCUGUUGCACGUGCGAAUCUGACUUGCUGCCAACUGAAUGUGUACGCAAAUGUAUAGAAGAGGGAAAAUAUGAUUGUAAUAGCUGCGUUUUGUACGAUGAUAUGAAAUACCUCUGUUCUGGAUGCAAUGAAUAUGUUAAUCAAACUACUGGUGAAUGUAAAUCUUGUCCUGAUGGAUGUGUUUCUUGUUUCGACGAUACAUUUUGUUACGUCUGUAUAAACGGCUUGUAUGGUAAAAUCUGUAAUAAAAAAUGUGGUAACUGUGUAACUGAUUCGCGAGGCAAUAUGGAUUGUGAAGUGACCGGCAUAUGUACUCGUGGGUGUGCAGAUGGUUAUUACGGUCUCCAUUGCGAUCGUGUAUGUGGACAUUGUUUACCGGACGAUUUCAAUGUAGUAAAAUGUCUUCUUUACACUGGAUACUGUGCUAAAGGUUGCGUUGAUGGCUAUUACGGUCGACGCUGUGACAAGAAAUGUGGAAAGUGCCUACCUGAUGAUAAUGGGGCAGUUAAAUGUGACAUAGACACAGGAAUUUGUUUCAAUGGUUGCAUCGCAGGUUACUUUGGAAAGACCUGUGAUCGAAAAUGUAACAGUAACUGUCUUCAUUCAGCCACAAAUAUAAAUGUAUGCAACGUGUUAUCGGGAAAAUGCAUUUAUGGUUGUGUGUCAGGCUGGUAUGGUGAUGUGUGCAAUAAAACUGCAAUAUGCAGCGGGACGUGUUCUAAAAGAUCCUGCAGUCGAACAUCGGGUUUCUGUGACAAAGGAUGUGUUCAAGGUUGGUAUGGUAACACAUGCAAUAAAACUUGCAGCGACAUCUGUCUUCUAAGCUCCUGCAAUCAACAUUCGGGCUUAUGUGAAAAAGGAUGCGUUUCUGGUUGGUAUGGUGAUACAUGCAAUAAAACGUGCAGCGAUACAUGUACUUCUAGCUUAUGCAAUCAAAAAUCGGGCUUUUGUGAAAAAGGAUGUGUUUCUGGUUGGUAUGGUGACAAGUGCAAUGAAACGUGCAGCGAUACAUGUUUAUUUAGCUCCUGCAAUCAAAAAUCGGGCUUCUGUGAAAAAGGAUGUGUUUCUGGUUGGUAUGGGGACUUGUGCAAAGAAUCAUGCAGUAGCACCUGUUAUGACAAGACAUGUGACCAAUAUUCAGGUCACUGUUACAAUGGGUGUGCGUCCGCAUACUAUGGAGACAUGUGUGAAUUCAACAGCGUUGACACUUGUAAAGAGCGCAUUUGCGACAGGGAAACAUCACAAUGUUUGCGGGGAUGUGUAGCAGGAUAUCAAGGAGCAUUCUGUAAUAUGACAAUGGAAACUGGAGCUGAUUCUGUUUUAGUAAGCAUUACGGGCAGUCUGGCUGGAGUUAUAAUAAUACUUGUAUUUGGCUUGAUUCUUUGGCUGUUAAGAAGAGUAGUCCUCAAAGGCAAGCGUUAUGGCAGCCUUCAGAUGUUUACCAGUAACACAACUGGGUCAAUAUAUGACGAGAUAAGAGAUACAAAUGACAAAACAGAGGAACGCUGUGUUAAUGAGAGCCAUUCAUACAUGGAAAUUGAUGGUGCCCUUCCAUGGAGUAUUAAUGAAUCUAGGUCCAACGUGCGCAACUCUUUAAAUGAUGAUUUAGCUGAUAGUUCUGCAUCAACUCUUGCAACUGUAGAAAACAUUAAAGGCACUCCGCUGUUUUGUGCGAACGCUCUCAACAUGUCUGCGUUGCACUCGGAAGACAAUCAAGAUAAUAUAAGCAUCGGCGAUGAAACUCAGAUAUCCAGUUUCAUUUCUUCUGAUGAGGAUCAUAGAAAAGGAUCAAACCGAUCAAGAAAAUAUUAUGAAAUACCUGAAAAUAUACCUGGUGAAAAUCAUAAAGUUGAAAGUAACCAUACCAUUGAAGGCUAUGAAAUUCCUAUAUCAAGUGCAAGUAGUAGUGUUCGGAAAGCCAAAGCUCUUGAAGCAGGCGAUGCAAAUCUAUCAAGACAAUGUAACAGAAAGACUGACGUAGCUACAAGCCAAACGAUAGAUUCAAAGAAAACACAGAACAAACAAUUGAUGUCCAAAAGAAAUAAGGCAAAAGAUGCAAAUGACAUUAACCAAGCACCUCAAAAGUCUAAAGAAGAUACAUGCAACACAAAUCCUUCUAGAUUUAAUAUGGAAAUGCAGUUUGAAACACAUCAAACGCAGGAGGAGAUACCUGAAGGAGACAGUGACAGCUUAAAUUAUAUACAUCCAGUGAAUUGAAAAAAUAAUAGAAUUCAAAACAAGAAUUACCUUCCCUUUCGAAAUAAGACAAGGGAGAAAUAAGUUUCAGAAGUAUCUAGAUACACCCUUGCAUUAGGGUUAAUUAGGAAAAUUUCAAUGGAAACCAAAUGAUUUGAUAAAGUAUUCUAUAUCAAUAUAUAUAUCAUCAAAAAAGAAUUCUAAUAUUUAAAUACGUGCUACCUGGCAUAAAGAGGUGUCAGACUUGAAGACGUAAUUUGUAUUCUGAGAUACAGCGCAUGUUCGUCGUACAAUGUUUUUACAGUUGGAAGUUACGUUUCUCUAUUAAAUUGAUGCAGAAGACACUUCUAAAAAGCCCACUUGGAUUGAGCUGUUUAGAUAUUUGUCUUCUUGCUUCUUGUUUUUUUCCUUAUUUCUCUGCUUUCUUCAAAGUGCUUUUUUGCACAUGUAUUAAAACGUCCGGUUCAUUAUUCUCUGAUAAAUGAAGUUCAGCAUUAUUCUGAUUUUCAAGUUUUAACACUUACUCUGCUAAGUUUCUGUAAUAAACUUGUCCAUAUUUGUUUGGGACAGUACGAUUAACUGUUAAAAGGGGUGCAUACCAAAACAUACUGACUGAAUGGUGAACAGAGUAGAUCAUGCAAAGGCAGAAUCAAUCGUGUCCAGCAUGAUAAGGGUAAA